AUGCUUUGCGCUGAAAUAUCCGUAAACAAUGUCGUCGCACUGGCAUUGUUCAAUUCAGGAUGCACGACGGACUCCAUUACGCUGGAGUUAGCCUAUCUCAGUCAUGCAGAUAGGAUAGAUUUGAAGGAGCCAGUUGGUUUACGACUGGGCACCAAAGGCAGUAAAACGCGCAUCAACUAUGGCGCGCAGGCGGAGCUCAGAGUAGGCUCCGUUAAAACAACGCAAUACUUUGACGUUGUAGAUAUCGACAAAUAUGAUAUCAUUCUUGGAACUUGGGUGGAGAGGGCCAUGACUGGCAGAUCCGAUUGA